AUCAAUCUAAUGGUAGGGCUCACAUUGAUUUAGAUAAUCCUAAUUAAUUAAAUCAAUUAGAAACUAAAACCACAUACUAUGGGUAAAGUGCUAAUUAUCAUCAACCAACUAGUGGAAAGUGAUAAAAACAGCUACAUAUAUACAUAUUGCCAAUUUGCGUUUUAAUUUACAAACCCAUUUAAACAUUUAUUAUAGUCCCCAACUCUACAUAAGCUCUCUCUCUUUUUCUUAACAUCCCUCUUCAUUUCAAAUCAUUUCUGCGCUAAAACCCUCUAAAUAAACCAAAUCAUCACUCAACUUAAAAUUAGUGUAUGAUUACAAUCUAGUUAUACCAUAACUACAACAUCGUCAAAACCUUAAUCGGAGAAGGGUGGGUUCGGUUACAUAAACAAAGAUCAAGUUCGUUACACUUUUUCACCAUCAAAAUUCGUUUCAAUUCCCGUGAUAUAUAUAUUGUCUCUCUUUUCAUGCUUUCGUUCCCGGAAAGUUACAUCUAAGAUUCUAAGUUACGAUGAAACCCAAACAAAUAGCAAGGAUAAUGAUGGCUAGAGGUAGAGAAGAGAGAAUGGAAGGAUCAACGUCGUCUUCGUCGUCGAAUCGAGAGGAGGAUUUUGUGGUGGAGCGGCCGCGAGAACGGCUGUAUGCAUCGGUCGGAAGCCGGUUCAACUUGCUAGUGACGGAGUUUAGCCACGAGUCGAGUCAAAGGCAGUUUACAAGAGAAGGGUUCUUCGUUGGUGUUAAGGAUCUUUACCAUGGUCUUGUUAUUCAUCCAGAGCACAACAGGUGGUAUAAGGCAUGGGAUAACAUCAUACUAUUAUGGGCAAUCUACUCUUCAUUCUUUACACCGAUGGAGUUUGGGUUCUUCAGGGGACUUCCAGAGAACUUGUUCGUCUUAGACAUUGUUGGUCAAGUUGCUUUUCUUAUGGACAUCGUGCUUCAAUUUUUUGUCGGAUACAGAGAUAAACAAACUUACCGUAUGGUCUACCAACGUCCUGCUAUCGCCUUCAGGUACUUGAAAUCUACUUUUGUUUUGGAUUUGCUCGCUUGUUUGCCUUGGGAUCUUAUUUAUAAGGCUUCUCAUCGAAAAGAAGCUGUGAGAUACAUGCUAUGGAUCAGGUUGUGUCGAGUACGUAAGAUACAUUUUUUCCUUCAGAAAUUGGAGAAGGAUAUAAGGAUCAACUACCUUUUUACUAGGAUUGUAAAACUUCUUACAGUUGAACUUUACUGCACACAUACAGCAGCUUGUAUAUUUUAUUAUUUAGCCACGACGAUUCCUGAACGUGAAGAAGGUUACACAUGGAUUGGCAGUUUAACUUUGGGAGACUAUAGUUAUUCCCAUUUCAGGGAGAUUGAUCUUUGGAGGAGGUAUACUACAUCUCUAUAUUUUGCCAUCGUUACCAUGGCUACUGUAGGUUAUGGGGACAUUCAUGCUGUUAAUAUGAGGGAAAUGAUAUUCAUUAUGAUUUAUGUCUCUUUUGAUAUGAUUUUGGGUGCUUAUCUGAUCGGUAAUAUGACAGCACUGAUAGUUAAAGGCUCGAAAACAGAACGAUUCAGGGAUAAAAUGACAGAAGUGAUGAAAUAUAUGAACAGAAAUAGGCUUAGCAGGGAUCUUCGCAAUCAGAUCAAAGGUCAUCUGCGUUUACAAUAUGAAAGUAGCUAUACUGAGGCUUCUGUUCUGCAGGACAUUCCCAUAUCACUUCGAGCUAAGAUAUCCCAAUCAUUGUACAUGCCAUACAUUGAAAAAGUCCCUCUUUUUAAAGGAUGUUCUCCAGAGUUCAUCAAUCAGAUUGUAAUUAGAGUCCACGAAGAAUUUUUCCUUCCCGGUGAAGUGAUUUUAGAGCAAGGGAAUGUGGUAGAUCAACUUUAUUUCAUCUGUCAUGGAUUGCUGGAGGAGGUAGGCAUUGGGCAAGAUGGAUCAGAACAGAUAAUUUCUCGUCUUGAACCAAAUAACACUUUUGGACAAAUCUCCAUUUUUUGCAAUGUUCCUCAGCCUAGUAUUAUCCGAGUUAUUGAUCUGUGUCGGCUUCUGCGGAUUGACAAAGAGUCAUUAAGCAAUAUUAUUGACAUAUAUUUUUAUGAUGGGAAGAAAAUCUUUGACAAUCUUCUUGAGGGUAAUAAUAAUGGAAAAUACAACUUGAAGCAAGUUGAAUCUGAUAUUGCAUCUCACAUAGCAAAGCAAGAAUCAGAACUUGCUCUCAAAGUAAAUAAUGCUGCACACCAUGGAGAUCUUUAUCAGCUAAAGAGUUUGCUUAAUGCCGGAGCUGAUCUAAAGAAGACAGAUUACAAUGGAAGGACUCCGCUGCAUAUAGCUGCAUCAGGAGGAUGCGAAGACAUUGUUCUCUUCCUUAUUGAAGAAGGAGCCGAUGUGAACAAGACAGAUAAUUUUGGUAAUACACCACUGUUAGAAGCUGUCAAAAAUGGACAUGACAAAGUUGCUGCGUUGUUAUACAAGGAAAAGGCCAGAAUCGAUGUCAAAGAUGUUGGUUCUUUUCUUUGCACAGUUGUUCUAAGUGGGGAUGUCGAAUUUCUGAAAAGAAUUUUGACUAAUGGAAUGGAUCCAAACUCUAAAGAUUAUGAUCAUAGAACUCCACUGCAUGUUGCUUGUUCUCAAGGAUUAUAUUUGAUGGCGAAACUAUUGGUAGAGGCUGGAGCUUAUGUUACAUUAAAAGACAGAUGGGGUAACACACCAUUAGAUGAAGCAUGGAUGUGUGGAAAUAAGAACUUGAUAAAGCUACUGGAAGCCGCAAAAGCUGCUCAACUGUCUCAAUCUUCUGAUCACAGUGAAGAAAUGCUUGAUAAAAAGCUCCAUAAGAAAUGCACAGUCUUCCCAUUCCACCCAUGGGGAACAAAAGAAAACCGAAAACCAGGGAUUGUUUUAUGGCUUCCGCGUACAAUAGAUGAGUUGAUUAGGUUGGCAUCAGAAAAGUUAAACUUUCUUACAGGUUCAUGUAUAUUAUCAGAAGAUGGUGGUAAAAUUCUGGAUGUAGAUAUGAUUGAAAAUGGUCAAAAGUUGUUUCUUAUAAGUGAAACAGAAUAGGCUAUGUUUGACUCCUUCCUCCCUUCUUCAUGUAUAACUAGUUGUUCACUUGUUCUAUGCUAUCACUAAUUUGUAUGUAUAAUCUUUGUAGAAUAUAGUACAGUUGUUCGACGCCUUUUUAUUUUUCUAUAGAUUAAGUUUUACACAUCCUUGAUUAGUAACUGAGGUUCGAAUAAAACGACUGAAUUGCUUUGUGAGCUAAUGAUUAGGGUAAAAUACAUUGAUGUAUUUGUAGAAGAUGAAUUGAUCCAACAUUGUAGAUAGAAUAUCAAUGUCAAGGGUUAGUAACUCAAGGGUUGUAAGUAUUGCAACCGAUUCUUAUUGUA